ACUGCAACCAUUAAGUAAUUGCUUGUUUACUUUUUAUUUCUUAUGGCACGAUAAUUUGAAUAUCUCCAUCUAGUAAUAGUAGUAUGAAAAGAUGAUCUGCAAUAUUUGUGGAAGUUCUGAAUCUUAUGUUCAAGAUGGAAUUGCAUAUUGUCAAGAAUGUAGUGAGCAAAUCAAAGGAAGCAUAGAUGAAGAUGCUGGAGAAGGAAUUCAGAGUAAAAGAGCAUUAUUGUCAUCACCUGUUUCUAAGAAGGCGAAGAAAAAGGAGAAAAAAACGCCAUUAGCUCCUUGGUUGUAUUCUGAGGCGUUUAGUCUGAUUUUAUUCAAGCAAGUGUCGGCACUUAUAAAGUUAGGUUGCUCUGUAAAAAUAAAGACUGUUGUUCUUUACUUAUGGGCUCGUUAUCUUCAGAAGUGUGAAUCAGCUUUCAUAAAAUCUGAUUUGAAGGAGAAAUUCAUCCCUCGUCUUAAUGUAUUCUCUGGAAAACGGGAUGCAGCAUUACUUUAUGGUGAAGGUUUCCUGGAAAAUUUUAAACAAAUCAAAAGGCCCUAUAUUCAGAAGACAAAAUGGCAUAGGAAACGCAAACAGAGGGUUACAAAAAAGACUCCAAAUGCUCCACACGACUCUGAAGUUUCCAAUUCUGAAGUUUCCACUUCUGAAGUUUCCACUUCUGAAGUCUCGAGUGAUGAAAGUGCUAAAUCUUCUUCGGAUACAGAAGUGAAAAAAAAGAAAGGACUACGCGUUCUGUAUUCAUAUCAUGCAAGAAAAUUUAAAGCUCUUAAAAGACGGUCUUUUGAAUCUCAAAAAUAUUGUGUUUCUCAAAUGACUCUUGUUAAAACUUUGUCCUUUUGUCAUUUGGGACUUUUAUAUACUGAGGAUCAGAUGCUACUUUUUGAUUUAUUCAGACUUGUAAAUGAGGAUGCAGUGCCUUACUAUGAUAUUGCUCGUCAUUUUCCUACUUCAAUGCAGUUGCAAAAAUAUGAUGCGAAAUAUUUACAAGUGUGGCAUUCUCUUGACAUAAAAGAAGUUUCAUCGACAUCUGCCAAACUAAUCAAAUUUCUUCAAUUGCCGAAGUUUAAACAGCCUCCUCUUCUACCAAUUGCCAUACGUUUUGUAAAAGAUCUUAACUUACCACGUGAUCUAAUACCAGUGUUGAAAUUUCUUAUUAACAAAAUAAAUCAAAAACCUGAGCAUAAAUUACGGUACAUUCCUCCCUAUGAAGCUCAAGCGUUGUCUGUUGUGAUGGUGGCUUUAAAGAUGUUAUUUGUUCUUGAUGGAAAGUUUGAAGUGGAACACAGUGAAAUAAUGACAAAAUUGAACUCCAUUAGUGAAAAUGAAUCAUAUUUUGUGUGGACAGAUUGGCAGAAGCAAAUGUCUUUAAAAGAAUUUUUAUUUUUUAAACAUUAUACUACUCAAAAUAAUGCAGCUAUGAAUCUUCUUGAUACUUUAAGCGCCGAUAGAAUUAAUGGAGGUUAUCAUCCAGUUUUCUCAAUUCAGGAAGAAUUACGUUCUGAACAUACUACAAGAAAUUAUAUGAAUUUUCUUACCUCCAGAAGUGAAGUUAAAGCUUUGUUUGAGGGCUUAAUUUCCGACACUUCCAUUAAAAGAAAUCCCACAUCUUUUCCUCUUCAGUAUGAGUUACAGUGUUUAGUAAAUGGUUGGAAAAGAUUGCCUUUAUUUAAAGAUACUGAAAAUAUUGACUUCAGUUUCAUAAAUAAAGAUUUUUCUCAUCACAGAUUGUAUUACAGACCUUCUGCAACAACUGAUGAGCCAAUUGAUUUAUUGCUUUCAUCCUUGUAUGAACCAGUAAAACUCCUUUACGUAACUCAUCGAACGAAUUACUUUGAAAAUGUUACUAGGACUUCUAAAAAGUAUUGGUAUAUUAAGCAUCCGCGUCCACUUGAAAGAUUCCAAAAUAGAAAGCGGGAAGAUGAUUUUUCCUCGUCAUUUAAAUGGUUGUUCAAUUUCAUGUGUAAAUAUAUAGAGUUUGAUAAGGAGGUUUUCUAUAAAGAGCUUAGAUUUAUAGAACAAAUUUUAAUCGAAGAUUGAUUCACUAAAUAGUUGCCUGAACCUAUGGCUCAGAGUUCAGGUGACAUACUCUUGUUGCUUGACAUAAAAACUGAAUUCAUUGCAGAGCUCAAAAGCUAAUUCAUUUUUCUUGUGGCAGUGGGCCAAAAUUUUUUUACCUCGUCCAAAAAAUGUGUACCACCCAGCAUUAUAUUUUGCUCUGCAAAUAUUGGGGCAUCACUUAGUCUGUGAUAUUUGUUUUUUAAGAAUUGUACAUAUCUGAUUUUACUGUAAAUAGAAUUGUAUUGAUGAUAAUCAUUUAAUAAAUUUUGUCAUUUUA